AUACCAGCUGACAACUGUCAACAUUUAUUAUAUUUUAGAGUCAAGUUUUUUUUCUUUUCAAGAUUGACAAGGGAGGCUCCGCCUCCCCUGCCUCCUCUGACUGCUGUCACUGCUGAACGCACCAUGAAGUCCUGGUGUGUUUGAACUGCAGGACAGAAGUAUGAGGCGUUCAAGGUCCACAAGUUCCAGCUGUUCAGAAGUUUGUCUUUUACUUCGUACGACACAUUAACAGAAACAUCUGAGGUGACAUGACUAGAAUGGAACAGAACACACUUCUACUUAGAACUGUUCUUAUAAUAUAAUUAUAAAAUGAUCUUAUGUAACGUCACCAAACUUGGCGGACUCCGCCGCUAACACCCUCUGUUUUGUUUGUCGUCUGUGAGUUCGUCUGAUUGGUCGGAACCUUCCACCCUGGUCACAUGGUCACUUUUUCACAUUAACUUUUAAUCAGUGAGUGACAUGUCUGGUUUUUUUUAUGCUGUUUUUAACAGAUUUUAGUUUGUCUUUGUUUUAAUAAUGGUCGUAUUUUGUUGCUCUUAGCCCGCUUAACCCCCGUGUUAUCACUAGUUUUAUUUACUGAUUUAAUCCCUUGGUUUAUGUUUGGUGUUCGGCGCUUUGGCCGGCUGUCAGGUUCUUCAGGUGCUUUUUAAAUGAAGUUGGUGUGGAACGGUCAAACUCAGAACAGAAGGACUGGACUUUUCUUUGACGGUGUGUUCAAGGACCUCUGGUUUUUUUACAGACGCGGUGAACCGCCGUCUCGUCCGCACUCGUGGCAUUCGACGAAGCUCGGCGACGGUCGUCUGGAGUCGACGGACGCCGCGAGCAGCGUCUGGCAUCACAACUACACCGCCAGUGUGUCCGACCUUUCCGCCGGCUUCGACUCCGGCGGUGGGAGUCUGAGGAAGAGUCCGGACCAGUACAGCUCCAGGGGCAGCAUGGACAGCCUGGACCCGCCCCCGUCCUCCCAGCUCCGCCCUGGGACCCAGCAGCGCCACGUCCACGGCGGACCCCACCCUGCCUACUCGUCCUGUCAACAGCUGUCCUCCUCCAGGUCGUCCAAUAGCAUCGACCUCCUCCACAACAAACGGGACUCCGCCUACUCGUCGGUCUCCACCAGCUCCAGUAUCCCAGAGUACCUGAGCUCCGCCCCCUCCUUCGGCGCCGAGCGCUCCUAUUCGCUGGAGACCGUCCCUCAGAGAGGAGGCGGAGCAGAGGCGCGGCAGGAGGACGUCCGAUACUUCCGGACGGUUUACGACGCUCAGCAGGAGCAGGAGCUGAGAGGGGGCGGGGCCAAGGCAGGGCCAAACCCACACCUGCAAGGAUCAGUGGGCGGGGCCUUUUACCAUGGCGACAGCAGCACGUCAAACAGACACAGCGUGGGUCCAAUCUGGGGCCAGGGGGCGGGGCUGGGGGCGCCAGCUCCGCCCAGACGCAGCGACAGCUAUGCCGCCAUCAGGAACCACGAACGCCACGAGAGACCCAACUCCUGGUCCAGCCUGGACCACGUUAGGCCCCUGAGGUCUCUGCAGAAGGGUUCCUGGCGUCACUCCAGUGGUUCUAUGUCUUCUGCUUCAGCCAAGGCUUCGUUCAGUGCAGACGGUCACCUGCACACGGUGAUGGAGAAGAGUCCAGAGAGCAGCCCCACCACCAGGCCCCGGCAGGGGGGGGGCGGACCCCCGAACCCCCAGAGCCCCCAGAGCCCCCAGAGCCCCUGGGCCCCCCAGACCCCACAGGGGUCACAGGUCAGAUGGGGUGAAGCAGCGGCAGAGGGCUGGACAGAUGGGGGGACGUCAGCGGUGGAGAACGGAGCCCAGAGCGGCGCUGCACCUCCGACCUCGGCUCCAACAUCUGCGACGCUCCGGACUCAGGAGGUGCACAGGACCCCAAAGGAUGAGGCCGAUUCUGGACCAUACAGACCCCACCAGAAAGGACCUGUAGGGGGUUCGGAGGUCCAGACCAACGCCCAAAGACUCCAAAACAAUCCCGUUCAUAAAAACCCUGAAUCACAGAAUCAGACGUUCCAGGAACAGAUCCAUCCGACUCCUGGUCUGAGACCCCCGUCAUCCCAGGACCUGAAGGAUCCUGAUCCGACAGUCCAGUCCAGACACAGGAGCAGGUCCCUGGACCAGCCUAAGGUCCACCCACAGACCCUGUCCUCUUCCAGGGUGGCUCAGGGUCAGGUACCGCCUCCACACUUACCUGUCCACCCUCAGCGUCAAGCUCCGCCCCCUCUGCCGUCCACACCUCUCCCUGUCACCGCGGCGUCUCGGCAGUUCCUCGCCAGCCGCCGUUGGACCAGACGGAGCGAGACCGAGAACACCCGUAACAGCGGUUUUGUGGACGCCGGCCAGGGACCCGCUCGCAGUCUGUCGGUUUUGGAGAAAGUCAGUCGGUUUGAGCAUCGAGAACGAGCAGUAAAACAGCGCAGUCACAGCGCCAAGGCCAACCACCACCGGAUAAUGAAAAAAUCUCAGAACACGUCAUGUGGAGCAGAAGACCUGAGGAACAUGCUGGAGAGGAGUACCAGUGGAGGUAAAGCCCAGAGGACUCUGAGCUACAGAGGAGGAAACCACCACCAGGGGGCGCACAGAACGUCAGCUGAUCCCAGUUCAGCUCUGCAGAGGAGUCGCAGCAGCUUCCACCUGGAUGUGUGCAGAGUGGACGAUGUCAACAAGGACCGCCCCUGGAGGCAGGACGUCCAGGAACUGAUGAACACGCAAGACACGCCCACCAACAGGUCUUACCAGGACCCUCUGAAGGAUGCUCAGUCCAAAGUCCUCCGCUCCACCUCCUUCAGACGUACAGACCUGGACUCCUCGUCCGGAGCCCUUCACCUCCUGCUCCUCCUACCUCUGGGCUCCUCCUCCAGUACCCUCAACCUCCUCCUGUCCCCCGCCAAGUUCCAUUCCUUAGAGAAAAAAGCUCCUAAAACUCUUCCCAAACCUCAGGGCGUCAUCAUCUCGUCCACGUCUCCACCUCCGCUCACAUCUCCUCACACCCCGAAGGAGCGACAUGUGGUCAGUCCGGAGUCCGCGGGCCCAGCCCCCCCGCCCUAACCCAGCGUCCCGCCCGUCGGACCUCCUCCGCUGAUGAGGAUCUGUGGACGAAAGCGCCUGAUGGCGGAGCAGAAGAAGCGCUCGUACUCAGAACCGGAGAACAUGAACGAGGUCGGGGUGUCCGACGCCGACACCGCUGCCCUCUUCAGGCGAACAGGAGAUACGAGCGUAGCCGAAAGGAAGAUGUUCGAAUUGGCGGCGAAUUGUGUCGGGGGCGGAGUCUCUCCCGGCGGCUCAUCCAGGACCGACCUGCGACAGCUUCAACAGGACGCUGUGUUCGAAUACGUGGAGCGGAAACGAGGAGCGAGGAGGGACGAGGCGGGAACCAGGGCGGGGCUGAGGCCUCGCAGUGCCUACGUACAAGCAGAACACGACGACAGCCGCUCAGACUCCACGGGCCGGUCCACGUCCAGCCGGUGGUCCCUGCAGGACUGUGGCCCAGACCGGAGCCUCUCCUCUGGGGACCGCCCACUCUGCUCCUCUGGGGACCGCCCACUCUGCUCCACACUGCCCCCUGGAGGCACCCGCGCAGCUUCAGAUCCAACCUCUUCUACCCGGGUCGGGUCACCAGUCCAAGACCACCAGCCCACCUGCCACCAAGUUCCCCUCAGGUCCAGGUCUACAGCCCCCAGUGUCUCCUGGAUCUGGGUUUGGAGGACCGGCUGGGCAGCGGGUCUCAGAGCCUGGGCUGGGUCCGGGUUGUCCCGGCAGUUGGACGGGGCCCUGUGGAAGGCGGGGUCAGCCCGGGGCUCCGGGAAGUCCGCCUCCGCCGAAGACCUGCUGGAGCGUUCUGACGGGCGGAUCAGUCCUCAGCACUGCAGGUCCAGGUCCUCCCCAACCACGGAGACCCUGAACCAGGACAUCAGGAUGUUGGGCAUCUCAGCCUCUGACCCUGGACCAUCUGGACCACCUGGACCACCUGGACCAUCUGGACCACCUGGACCACCUGGACCAUCUGGACCACCUGGACCAUCUGGACCAGGUCCUCUGGAUGUAAACAGGUAAACCA